GGCAAAACUAGCCAUUCUUUGGUGAAGAUCAAAAUUUCUCGGUUUAAGGUUUGAUUUCUAAGCGCCGAAACCUAUGCCGAGCUCGGAAUUAUUUACUAACUCAGUGAGGCAAGUUUAACGUGCAGCCAAGAAACUCAAGGCUUUGGAUGCGAUCUACGGCAAUAUAUAUACCGAAAGGCCCGGGAACUUGCUUCAUUGAAUUCUCUAAAUCGCCAGAUUCUAUUUUAAUUUGAGCUUACGCCAAUUGAGUGCGUCCCGAGAUUCUUUGUAUUUUCAAUAAUGUCGUCAUCCGGCUUUACUCGAGAGGAGUUGACGAACGAGCCCGCUCCAGGGAUCCCGUACUUCACCCCGUUGCAAAAUCCCCCUGCGGGGACGGCGGUUGAGCAGCCAGAUGAUAAACCGAUCCCGAAGGUUUUCCAGCCGAUCAAAUUGCGAGGAUUGACACUCCAAAAUCGGAUAAUGCUGUCUCCUCUUUGCCAGUAUUCAGCAGAAGAUGGCCAUUAUACAAUGUGGGGCCACACCCACAUGGGAGGAAUUGUUCAGAGAGGCCCAGGAAUUUCGUGCAUCGAAGCCGCAGCAGUCGUUCCAGAAGGCCGGAUCACGCCGCAAGACGUGGGAAUUUGGAAGGACUCUCAGAUCGAACCACUGCGCAAAACUGUGGAGUUUGCACACAGCCAAAACCAGAAGAUCAUGAUCCAACUCGCGCAUGCUGGAAGGAAGGCUAGUUGUGUGGCGCCCUGGAUUCAUAUGGGGCAUGCCGCUGAUGAGAGCAUGGACGGUUGGCCAAAUAAUGUCAAAGCACCUACCGGAGGGCUCAAGUUUGAUGAGCACUAUGCAGUCCCGAAGGCCAUGACAAAAGAUGACAUCGAAGAGUUCAAGGCGGCAUUCGUAGCUGCAACGAAGAGGUCCGUGGCAGCGGGAUUCGACGCCAUUGAGAUCCAUAAUGCUCAUGGAUACUUAUUGCACGAGUUCCUCUCCCCCGCCACAAACAAGCGGACCGAUAACUACGGCGGAUCCUUCGAAAAUCGGAUUCGGUUAACUGUGGAGAUCGUUGACCUGGUUCGCCAAACGAUCCCCGAUGCCAUGCCGUUGUUCCUCCGGGUGAGUGCAACGGACUGGCUCGAGGAGACCGAAUAUGGCGCGGACAGCUGGACGUUGGGCCAGACCAUAGAGCUGGCGAAAAUCCUCGCCGACAGGGGUGUGGAUGUGCUCGACGUGUCUUCGGGGGGCAACCACCCAGAGCAGAAAAUCAAAGGCGGUCCUGGUUAUCAAGCUCCAUUCUCCUUGGCAAUCAAGGAGGCGAUUGGCGAUAGAAUGGUCGUGGCCGCGGUGGGUGCCAUAACUUCUGGGAAACAAGCCAAUGUGCUGCUUGAGAAUGGGAUCGAUGCGGUGUUCGUCGGAAGGAUGUUUCAAAAGAAUCCGGGCCUGGUCUUCUCUUGGGCUGAUGAGCUGGAUGUCAAGGUCCAGAUGCCAAACCAAAUUCGCUGGGGCUUUGCUGGGCGUGGAGGAGGAAAGAUCAAGACCGGUAAUGAGUCCAAGCAGAAGCUAUAGACAUGGUAUAUACAUGUGUGACACAACAGCGGCAAUAAUGAAUAAUUGCUGAGCUAGAAUGCAACAAGA